GCUCAGAUCGGAGGACGCAUCGUGGUCACUUCACUCAUGCUGAACGACAUCACUUCUGGCGCGCGCAUUGUUUUGUUGACAAGAUGGAUUUGUUAGACCGUGGAUACUUGGACGCUCCGUACAACUACACGUUCAAUUUCUGGAACGAUUAUCUCGGUUUGUCGACUCUCGUAUCCAAAACCAAGCCAACGAGCCCUAACUCUAUCACGGAGUCUCUAAAAGCUACGUUGGGUUUGGAUGACGAGUCACCAAUGUGCCCGUGCGUAAUUGCGCACGGUAGGGACAAUAAUGGCCAAGCUGAGUGUUGCUGCGCGCCUCCAAGCUCCCCUCCACUUUCCAUCUUCGACCUGAAAGAAACUCUCCUCCGGCCGUACGAGCACGACUCCCCGCUGUCAGACCAAGAUUGUCCCGGUUACAGAGGCAGCUUCACCGGGUUGGAUCUCUUCUCGAGACGCAAACACUUCCAAAGGUGCAAGCCAGAGCCCAAAGUUUGCGUGUUUUGUCGGAAUAAUGGCGCACCGGAGGAGGUCUACGGCACUCACAUCUUGAAGACGGUGGACGGGAGAGUACUGUGCCCCAUCCUGCGCGCGUACACUUGUCCUCUCUGCAGCGCUAAUGGAGACAAUGCGCAUACAAUUAAGUACUGCCCGCUAUCCAGAGACCAGCAGAACCACCGAGGCGCGCCCAAGACUGGUAGAGCUAUUGGCAAGAGACUUAAAAUCUUCUAAAGUUCAACUGAUAAACACUGUGCCAAGUUACUGAGCCACAUUUGAUGCUCCUCUUACAACUGUGGCCACUGUAAACGUAAUAUAUAGACGUUUAGCCAUGUCCAAAUAUAUAUUUUUUGCAACAAUAGGGUGAAUUUUAGCCUACAAAAAUAUCAACUUUAUUAAUGAAUGUGAAGUUGACGACCAGAGGCCAGGCAUAUCAAAGGAAACCAUUCACUAAAUUUCACUGUAGAGGUCAUUUAUAAUCUUAUAUUACAGGCUAUAAUACAUUGUUUACAUUGAUGUAUACAAAUGUUGAUAUGGACCAUGUUUUGGUUGAGACUUUUCCAUAAGCCUAUAGCAGCACAUUUGAGAAAAAAAAAAUAAGCUACAUAUUUUUAGCACAUACUUGAUGAGAACUAAGUUGAAUCUUUCCCCCAAAAGCACUCGAAAUGUAUAAAUGAACCAAAGUACUGUUUACAAGUCGACGUGUGAAUGCCCACUUUCGAGCUGUACCCAGAAGUAUCCGUGUUGUGCCAGUGCAAACAGUUAAAUGAAUAUGCAGCGCUUCUAAUAUCAAAUGAAUGUUUUUUUUUUUGUUUUUUUUUUUAAACCAAGAUGUCCGGCUAUUUGACUUAAUGUAAACAAACUACUUAAAUUGAGCACAUGUUUUUCAGAGAUUGGGUUUUUCUACCAAAGCAAUUUACUUUUUGAAUGGAGAGUUGCCCUGUAUUGUUUGUAUGUUGGAUGUCUUUCAGUCCUAUGUGAUCUAUGUGAAUAUGCCUACUUUACAAAUGAUCUGAAUGUACAAAACUACGCUUUCUUCUGCAAUUUUUGUAUCAUAUGUAACUGUGUGAAGAUUUUAGCAAUGAGAACUCGAUAUAUUAUGUACUUAUUUUUUACCUUAUCGUAUCAAAUAUAUUCACUGUAAAAUUGAAUAAACGAAACUGCUUUUGCUUA